AUGAUGCACGGCGGCCAGACCAAGAGCAGCCGCUGGCAUCGGUUUGGAGCUAAGCUAGGGUUGAUGCGGUUGCCGGACAGAGGAGGAGGCACCGCCGCAGCGGUAGAAUACGACGGAGGAGGAGGAGAAACUCCGCCCACGUCCACGAUAGAAAGUUCAGCUGCUCUUCCCUCCCCACAUUCUCGGCCAGGGAGCUGGGUGGAGGAGACGGCGAUGGAGGCGGCUCUUCUGGGCGGAUUCAUCAAGGUCAUCCUGCCGAGGCUCUUCUCUCUCAUCGACGACAAGUACAAGCUGCACAGGGGCGUCAAGAGCGACGUCAAGUUCCUCGUGAAGGAGCUCCGCAUGAUCGUCGGCGCCAUCGACGACGACGAGCUCUCAGACACCUCCGCCGCCGCGCGCCUGUCGAUCCAGGACCUGCGCGAGCUGGCCCAUGGCAUAGAGGACUGCAUCGACGGCCUCAUGUAUCGCGCCACCUGGGAGCAGCAGGCGUCCUUCCUCCGCCGGAGCGUUCGGCUUCGGCCCCCCAAGGCGCUCAAGACCAGUGCGCAGCUCGCUCGGGAGAUGCAGCGGCUCAGGCAGAUGGCGAGGGAAGCGCACGAGCGGAAGCAGAGGUACGCGGCCGACUUCCCGGCCGGCGGCCAGCCCUCCUCCUCUGCCACCCCGCCGGUGGACGAGUCGCCCUCCUCCCCGUCCGAUCCGCGCAUCCUUGACGCGGAUCUGGUCGGCGUCGACGAGCCCAUCGCGGAGCUGCUGGAGCAGCUGGCUGAGGUGCAGCCGAGCCGGCUGAAGGUGAUCGCCGUCGUCGGGUUUUGCGGCUUGGGGAAGACCGCCCUCGCCGCGGAAGUGUACAACAGAGAAACCCGCAGCGAGAGAUUUGAGAGGCACGCGUGGGUUUAUGCGGCGCUGAAGAGCCCGCGGGAGGUGCUAGCGGACCUGCUCCGGAAACUUAGCUCCGACGCCCCUUCUUGCCAGGGGAAAAGUGUACUGGAGACCUCCGAUGUCGGCCAACUCUGCGCAGAACUCAAACAACAGUUGGUGAAGAAGAGGUAUUUCAUUGUGAUCGAUGACAUUCGAACAGAAGAUCAAUGGAAAACCAUCAAAUCUGCCUUGCCAGCAGAUAAGGAUAUUAGCAGCAGAAUACUGGUGACGACUACUAUUCAGUCAGUAGCUAAUGCCUGCAGUUCUAGUAAUGGCUAUGUUCACAAAAUGAGCAGACUUGAUAAAAUAUGCUCAAAACAGUUGUUCACCAAGAAAGCUUGUCCGGACAAAUAUUCAUGUUACAAGCAGCCUGAUCCAGCAGAAGUUUUGAAGAAAUGUGAUGGCCAGCCACUUGCGCUGGUGACAAUAGGUGAAUUCUUGCAAGCAAAGGGUUGGCCAACAGGACCUAGCUGUGAAGACGUCUGCACCCAGAUAGGUUAUCACCUGGAGAAUGACAAGAGCUUCGAAAAAAUGCGACGUGUGCUGAUUCAUAACUACACCACUCUGCCUAGCCAUGCUCUCAAAGCCUGCUUGCUAUAUUUUGGUAUGUUCCCAAGUAAUCGUCCCAUCAGGAAGAAAAGUCUUUUGAGACGAUGGCUUGCUGAGGGAUUUGUGGAACCGCAACCUUCGCCGAGCUCCCCUGAUCCCAUAGCUGCUUUCAAUGCCCUCAUGGACCGAAACAUCAUUGAGCCAAUCAACUUGAGCAACAAUGAUAAUGUGAAGACUUGUCAAACAUAUGGCAUGAUGCGUGAGUUCAUUUUGCACAUGUCCGUCUCUCAGAACUUCGUUACUUUGUUUUGCAAUGACAAGAUAGAGCCCAAAUACGUUCGUCGGCUUUCUCUCCAUGAGAGCUCUGCUACAGAUGCUGACAGUUUCAGCAAUGUUGAUUUAUCACUUGUCCGGUCUCUAGCAAUCUUCGGGAAGGCAAGUCAAACUGUAUUGGACCUCAGCAAGUACCAUCUUCUGCGAGUAUUGGAUCUUGAAAAAUGUGAGGAGUUGAAGGAUGAUCAUGUCAAAGACAUAUGCAACCUGCUGCUUCUAAAAUAUCUGAGCCUUGGGGCUGGUGUUACCACAAUUCCAAGAGAUAUUGUUAAACUGAAACAUUUGGUAUCACUUGAUGUAAGGAGAACAAAGGUACAUAUACUGCAUGUAGAAGUCUUCCAGUUGCCGUCUUUAAUUCACUUAUUUGGGAAGUUUAAGCUUCCAGAUAUAGUCAAGCCAAAAAGUGAAGUACAUGAGUUUCUCUCCAAAGGAAAAAGUAACUUGGAAACACUAGCAGGAUUUAUUACCGACAGAAGUGGAGGGUUCCUGCAUCUUAUGGGUUAUAUGAAUAAACUGAGUAAGCUGAAGAUUUUGUGUGAGUCGCCUGCAGGCUGCGCUGACCGAACCGAUCUUAAGGAGGCCAUUCAGCAGUUCAUUGAGGAUGAAAAGCAAGCAAAUAUUGGUUCUCGCUCUUUAUCGCUUCAUUUCAGCAAAUGCUGUGAAGAGCUCCUGAAUUCCUUAAAAGGACCCUGCUACCUCAGCUCACUGAAAUUGCACGGUGACUUGGCUGCACUGCCUCAGUUUGUUGUUUCACUUCGGGGCCUCAAGGAGUUAUGCCUUUCGUCUACCAAAUUGACGACAGGUGUUCUUGAAGCUUUGAGUAAUUUGAGCUACCUCCAGUACUUGAAACUGGUUGCUCAUGACCUUGACAAGUUCAUCGUAAGAGACCAGGCGUUCUGCAGGCUUCUACGCCUUUCUUUGGAGCUGCAAUGUCCAACUUUCCCUACAAUAGAAGAAGGGGCUCUGCCAUUCCUUGUCACACUCCAGCUGCUCUGUAAAGAUCUGCAUGGCCUUUCUGACCUCAAAAUAGAAUAUCUCAAACAUCUCAAAGAGGUCACUCUUGACCCUAGAGUCACUCCAACAACAAGAAGAACAUGGGAGAAGGCUGCUAGGGAGCAUCCGAACAGGCCAAAGGUUUUGCUGCUCAAAUCUGUUGAUGCAGCACAAAGUGAGAUUGCAGACUACACUAUAGCGUCAGAGCCAACUGAAUGUGCCAUUCAAGAAUCUAGUAUUCCAGCACUACUUAACCAGGGGCUGGUGGCAUCAUCCUCUGUAAUGAGUAAACAGAGCACUUCUGUUUUGAGCAAUAUGGGGCUCUCAGAGGUUUCUUCUGCUUUAACAUGA